AAGAAAGUCAGAGCUGUGCCUUCUGAUCAACAAUGUGAGGAUGGCGACGUCUCAGCGCUUCAUCAGGUCGCCGUACUCAUUUGCUCCCCAACAAGUCACCCCCAACGGCUGUGCCAGCAACACGCAAAUGCAAUCCUGCUCUCCUCAUCUGCAGUUUCCCCACCGAAAAAAGAGGACAUUUCGCCGACCUUUCAGAUGCAGGAGCAGCUUGACGAAUUGCCUCAGUGUGGAAAGAGAGCUUGCAAGCGAGAAGCCGAACAGAAGGACCACUCUUGCAACUCGAGGAUUGGCAGAAAUGGUGGCGGACUCUGCAGCGGCAGUUGCAGGGGUGAGCCCUUUGGAGGCGCUCAAGCAGGGGAGCUGGGUCAAGCUGAUUUGCGGGGCCAGCUUUGAGGACGCUAUCGAAGUCCGGAGCCUGGCGCUUAUCUACACUCUGGCAGGAGUCGAUUGCAUCGACUGUGCCUGCGACUCCGCAAUCGUCACCGCCGUCGAGGAGGGCAUCUCUGCAGCGCUCCGCCUCUUCGCUGCCUUUCUCCGCACCUCUCAAGACCCCAAAACCCCAAAGCUCCGCCGACCGCUGGUUAUGGUUAGUCUAAACGACGACCAAGACCCCCACUUUCGGAAGGCCGUCUUUGACGCGGAGCUCUGCCCUUCGGACUGUCCGAGGCCCUGUGAGACGAUCUGUCCGGCAGCGGCCAUAGAUCUGAAGCUGGCGGGGAACGGAGACGGGCUGCAAACAGGGCCCGAAAAGACGAAGCUGGAGGGAGGCGUCAUUGAGGAGAGGUGCUACGGCUGCGGUCGAUGCAUCAACGUUUGUCCCUUGGGUUUGAUAGAGGCCCGAAAUUACGUUCGUCCCCCGGAAGCUGUUGCGGCGCUUUUGCGUGAGGGGAGGGUGGACGCCGUCGAAGUCCACACUCAGGGACGGGAUCCUGCCGCGUUCCGGCAGCUCUGGAAAAAGCUGGGCCCCGCAUUUCAGCAGCUCAAACUAGUCGCGGUGAGCCUCCCGGAGCCGGCCCUUCCUCAGAUGCAGCCCAUGUAUGACGUCAUGGCCCCGUGGUUACUUCAGCAAGGGGGGCCGGUGCUUGUCUGGCAGCUCGACGGGCGGCCAAUGAGCGGCGACAUUGGCGCCGGCGCAACACGGGCGGCGUGCCGACUCGCAGAAAAGGUGCUGCAGGACGAGACCAGGCCGCCAGGUUUCCUGCAGCUGGCAGGGGGAACAAAUGGCCACACCGCAACCAGUAUGCAGCGUGCUGGGGUUUUUGGAAAAGUCGCUGGCGUGGCUUUUGGUGGGUAUGCCCGGAAGAUUCUGCACCCGUUGCUUUCGGAGGCGGAGACACCGAGGAAGCUGGAAAAUCUUUUUCUCCAACUGAGGUCUGGGAGAAAGGUCCUCGAUCUGGACACGUUGCAUUUCUUAGAGCAGCCUGUGGACGAAGCUACGGCACUUCUGGAACCUUUUCGAACACCAAGAGAAAACCUACAUUUUUGAUCUGCCGACCCGGCUUUACUCUCCAUUAUUACCGCCA